ACGGUCUUCCGGCCUUGCGACCAGUGAUCGCAAUUCAGUACUCAAUUCUUGUCGGUCUCCAUCUCCGAGUUCUACUGUCAAUCUUUGCGGUCACUAUCGACUUCACUGACCGUCUGAACUGUUCCAGAUAGCUAAACCGCGGAGGUCUGGACCAUUACGAACGUGACCGACACUGUCUGCCGCAAAUUGGCCAGCCUCCGCAAACUCCCAGUUCAUUGCUAGCCGCGGUCAGCCAUGGAGUCAGCCAUACUUGAGGGUUAUAUAAAUGCAGACCCACACUCCUGCCCUGACUCGCCAUCUCAUCACGCACGGAUCAAGUUCUCUGGAAGACGUCCUUUGCUGGUUGGAAAGGAGACUCGCCUGGUAUUCUUGACUCACUGACCUGAUUAUCUUCCUCGAGUACCUCAAGGGCGGCUCUCGUUCCAUCAAUCGAGCUUCUACUAUAUCUAUUAACUGGCUGAUCCACCGACAAUGGCAUCGACCGUCACUCGCCGUCUCGCCGACUCUGUCUCUUACGUUGUGCUUUCCUCUAGCACCUCAGGCCAGCUCACCAUCCCUCUCGUAGACCCGACGACAGGGAAGACAGUCCACUACGCGCUCGUCAAAGUCGACACGCCACUUACAGUCGCCGGCCUCGGUCUUAGCCCCCGCCUGCACAUGCGCUCGGUCUCCACGAGCGGUCACCCUCAGGAUUCCUGCCAUCAGACCCAAACCGCCCGCAGGCUCGAUCGGCUGGCGAAGGAGUGCAUGCUAGAUGUCUCCCUCGAUGCGCUUCGUAUGCUGGAGGAAGACAAAGAAUGGCCUAGCCUAGCAUCGACGUCCUACGUGACCUCUCCUCCUUCGCGCCUUCUUGUACCUGGAGUCAUCUCCGCCAACGCCUUCGCAUACGACGAGCAACCAAAAUCGUAUGCCGAGACGCCCUCCUUGUACAACGAGUCCCGGUCGGACGAGUCUAUGUCCUACGUCGGCACGCCCGUCUCGCGGCCUCGGAUGCGUCGACAGAACACAAUCACUGCACUUGGGUCAGCAGGUGCAGCGGACUCCUCUAUGCUGGUCGGCCUAGGUAUCUCAGGCAUGACGAAAGAAGAUGGCUCUCCAUUCGACGGGCUAGGGUCUCUCGCGCGCACUGCGUACCCCAGUCACAGGACCAACUCGCCCACCCAACCUUCCCCGGCUUACGCAUCCACAUCCCAGUCCUAUUGGUCAUUCUUACCUGAACUCUCCCCUGCUGCCUUUGCCAGCGACGCUCCAGAAGACCCCGUCGCGCUCUUCUGGCGAACCGCGACUGCAGCAGACUUCCGACGGUACCUCGACGACAGCGUCUCCUCGAAUCAAUAUUCCGCACCCAUCGGCGCAUGCGGCUCGUGGAAGAUCGCAAAGAAGGAGGGGUCAAUCCACACGCGUGCAGCUGGCCUCGCACCGCCGAGCAAGGGCCACAAGAAGCGCUUCAGCAUGCCCCGUGCCGAGGAGGAUUUGUUCAUGUGUGAGACACCGGUGGACUCGAGCUUGAGCGAUAGGAUCAUGGGUCAUCUCGAAGGCGCGAAGCUGGAAGAGGAGUCGUGGAUGAAGGCGAGCAGUCAUUUGGGCGUGUGCGCAAGCCGAAGGCCUGUGUCUUGUAUGCUCUGA